AACAGUUUGAACAUUCCUUUUCCGCCACAAAACAACGGUAUCAUGGGAGGAGGCUCUGGUAGUGGAGGAGGAACAUAUUCUUCUGCAACAACAUCCUCUUCUUAUAGUACGACACCCACUAAUCACACCUCACCUUAUUCCACAAGUUCCUCUCCGGGUUAUCAUUCACCAAACGUGUCCAAAUCUCAUUAUAAUCCACCACUGAAAAAAUAUGUCUUACAACCUCCCGCUAAACUAUUACCUUAUAGCAAGUCAAUGCCUUCCAUGGGUUAUCCUGGCAUGUUUCCUCAACGUAUCAAUCAAGAAGAAGAUAUUCUGACCGAAUCCAAUGUGCGGAGUGGAUUUGUUGAUAAACCGGCUGUAUCUAAUGAACAAACUUGUGCACAUGAUAUUAUAUUUGGGAAAUUACAAGAUGAUCAACGACUUUUAAAUGAAAUGGGUGGAUUUAUGGUAGAAGUACUCAAACGGAAAAGAAAAGCUGCUAGGAUAACAGGAACUCCUUCAUUCAAACCUCCAACUCGUACUGCUUUGAUGGAAUCGAAGAAAGAACAAUGGAUUCAAGAAUUGGCUAAUGGUGCUGUCCCUUUACGAAAACUAUCACGAAACGUUCCUCAUGGUUAUAAGGGUGAAAAAUUGUUAGAAACUCUGGCAGCAAGACAAGUUCCUUUUUUACGUGCUACAUGGUAUAUCAAGGUGGUUGGAUUAUCUGAAAUGGCUCAACGAAAUGUUAGUAAUGCUGGAUCAAAUACAUCGCAUGCAUACAAUUGGACAGUGAUUGUGACUGGACAUCUCAAGAAACAAUUAGCAGAUCUGAUUCCACUUUCAUCAAAUAGUACUACUGGCUCGAUGCGAGGAUAUAGGAAUUCAAAUGUUCCCGGUGUAAGCGGUACAGCAAUGGGUGGCGGUGGGAGCAAUGAUAAUCAAGUGAAACCAUGGGCUACUCCUGAAACCAAGGCUCGCUUCGAAUCACGAUGGGCCUAUAGCACCAAACUGGCUCGAUGGCAAUAUUGUGAAGGAUUAUUAGAUCAAAGAAAUUUUUUGAAAUGGUCAUUAGAUACUCUUGCGUCAAGUAACUCUUUUGAAAUCAUGUGGUUGGUACUGACCGGACUUGUACAAGAUUAUGUGGAUGAAUAUAGACGAAACAGAACUUUGACAAAAUUAUUGAUUGAAACCUUGAUCAAAGCAUACAGCGCUGUCUUACAAUGCUCCAAACUCAACAAUUCUAUAUCUACUCCUACUACUACUACUGCUAAUCCAAUCAAUGUAUUUACUGGACUCAAGCGUGAUAUCGAAAGGACUCUUCAGUCAUUGUUUUUAUCUAGUCCUGAUAUGUUUGUCAUUCCAAAAUUAUACCACCAAUACCGACCAUUAUUUGAAAUGAUCCUAGGUGAACAAUCGCGUCUGAAAGUAUCAAAAACAAUGCCUGAUAUUUGCAAGGUCAUGGAAUCUUAUUGGGAAAUGAUGAAGGCACGCAAUGAAAUUUUUUAUACUCCAAGGUCAAGUGUCAAAGGAUCUAUUAACAGUACUUCUGAACGAUCGGGUGUGGAUGAAGAACGUAUUGUACAUACUUUGGAUUCUAUCGGUCGAUAUGCGGAUUCUGGUCAUUUACUACUUGGGAACAGCAACAACAUUGCAUGGGCGGAUAUGAAAGGUCAUUCAUCGGUUACUGCUACUGCAGCGAUAUUCAGCGGAUGCAUCAAUGCAAGCACAGGCAAUAUACAAAAGCAGCCGCUCAACCAAGUCAUUCAAAUCCUUUUCCUGGACGAUCAAAUGGUGGAUCAACUUCCUUUGAAUACCCCAGCAUCCUUUUUAUAUGAUACAUUUGUUAGAAUGCAAUUGUUUUCCUACCAUCGGUAUUUGAACAGAUUGACAGCACGUGGUCUUUUAGAACAGUCUCAACGAAAACAACCAAAUGCCGUACGAUGUCUCCACCAUUUGAAAUCACUACCAUUAUUACAUCCAGUUCCAGCACAUUUGGUGAAUCAACGACGUGUGGCUCUUUAUGGGUCUCGAAGGGAAGGCGGCGACUAUGAAAGCCGAUUGGAAACAAAAGCUAUAGAACAACUACAAUAUCUGGCAAAGCAAUGGAUUAUGGGCACUAGGACAACUAUUGAAUCAACUUUGAAUGGGAAUCAAAGCGGGUUGACUCUAUUUGGGAAGAAUGCGGAGGAUAUGACAGAACCAAUGGCUAACGAUACACCUGACGCUUUUGAUCUCUCUUUAUCGGAUAAAUUUGAACAACAAAUGCAACAACUGAUGGAUGGCUCGACUAGGUAUGUGAUCAUUCAAUUCACUAGUGAAUGGCUUGUCAACGAGGUGAAACGAUUUGUAGUCAAGAAUGUACAGAUUGGUGAAGACAAUUGGCGUGUGAUGACAUCUCCUGGCUCGUGUCUACUCAACGCUCGUCAGUACGUGGCUCUUAUUAAGAUAUUGGAAUGUGCCAAGGACUAUAUGAACAUUGUACAGGUGGCAGUUUGGGUAUUGGAAAAAACAAACGAAAAAUCAGUACUACAACUUGUGAUCGACACUCUCCGGCGGUAUGCAAAUAUAUGGAAAUUGAUGAAUCUUGGCAAACUAGUAACGCAAACACUAUGGAACAAACAUCAAUCAUUACAAACACGUGGUACGCGCGAACGGUGUGUGAUGAUAUACAUGGUUCAGUUGGUUCAAGAAGGACAUAUGAUAUCGGAUGACAUGCGAUUACAAUUACAAAAGGAUUUACAAAUGCGACCUAAGGUCCGUGGUAGUCGUCGUACGCCGGUGUCUAUGACAGAAGAAUUACAACAAGUGAUCAACAGCAAUGGAUCUAAAACAUCAAUACAAAAUGUGGUGGAAUCUCUUUGUGUAAGUUAUCAAUAUCAAAAUGCUGCUCUUUGGAUUGGGCUUGUAUUGGAUGGCACAGUCAGCGUUAUUCAGCAAUGGAACAAGAAAACAACCAUGUACGGUGGAAGUCAUCAAAGUGUACAGCAACAACAACAACAAAUGACAUUACAGCGGUUCCUUUGUGCAUAUGCAGAUAUUAUCAAGGAUAUUGUAGACCAAUGUACACUCACUGGAGAAAUCAAUGAUGCUCUUGUCGACUGGUUAUCCAACAAGGUGACUGUUGUGGAAGAAUUACGACAACCUCAAUCGUGGAUGGCUCUCUUCAUUUGUCUUUUGGCGUCACGAGGACUUGUUAGUUUGGAAUCUCUCUUUUAUCGAUUCACUUUACCCUGGUUUGAUCAAGUCAGUCAGCAUUUUAUUCAAGAUGAUGUAUUUGAUAACACAAACAAUGGUAACAACAAUCAACAAUGGCUACAAGUAUUUGAAAACAUGAUGGUAUUGAUUCGACUUUUGGUCGUUCAAGAACGGUGCUACUGGGUUCAACAAGAAGAAGACACUGUGAUGGAUGAUACUAGUGGAACUUAUCAACAACCUUGGGUGUUACAAGCUGAAGAAGUUUUUCGAUUAGAGACGUUACGACACACACAAUUGGCUUGUAGUUUAGAUCGAAUAGAACCUAUGUUUGCUCUCAUGGAAAAAUUGGUACUUAUCGCAAGUAGUUUGCCUUUAAGCAGUCCUUUACUUCAAGAAUUAGUUAUACUUAGGGCGGAUUUACUACAAAUUGGCUGGUUUCGACAAGCAUGUGUUCGAGAUCUUCAUGGGGUUUAUCAACGAUUCUCUUCUCAUGGAACUGAAGCUAGCACGGAGAAGAAGGUUAAGAAGAAAAUGCUUAGUAUUGUGGAUGAAUUGAUUGGCGGUACUUUGGCAGAUAUCGGACACCAUCAUCAUCAUCAUCACCAUCAUCAUCAUUUGCAUCAUGCUGCUUUGGUUCAAGAACCUGAUUUUAUUGAUAAAAUUCGACGUAUUUUUGUCAAUGUAAGUCAAUGGAAUGAAGAACAAUGUCGCGUACAAGUCAGUUUACUAUUGGACAAUAUCUUACUAUCAGACGGUGGCAAUGGACAAGACCCAAACAAUCCUCAUAUUCUUGGUGGUGAUGAUAUUACGAUGAAUGCUAAUGACAAACAACAAGGCAAUGAUGAUGGAUUAUUGAUCAAUGAUAGAACGGCUAACAAGGAACUUGACGCUUUUGUACGAUUCUUUUUCAAUAUUGUUUUAUCCGAUGAAGGUCAGCACCAACGACGAUCUUUAUUCUUCAAGAAUAUUAUACAUGGUUUACGUGAACGGGUGUUAUUGGAACUGCUGAAUUACGGUGUGCGACUUUUAGAAGGUUCUACAUCCACUCCAUCACCUGUACAUUCAUCAUCCGUGGCGCCUUUUCCCAACAAUAUCUUAUUACUGUCUUCAGUUGACGAAUGCUUUGAUUCCGACAAAUACAAGUAUAAAAGCAGAGCGUUCUUCAAUAUUAUGCAGCAUAUGAUGGCACAGAAUAUUUGGGGAAAUAACAAGAAGAUUGCACUGGUCAAGACUUUACAUCAACAAAUUAAAAGGUUUCAGUCUGGAUUAUUGAUUUAUCAAGUCAUGCAAGAUGCUCACACCACAUUUGCACGUGCGGUAGCAGCUUUGGAUUUGACCAAGAACAAUGUCGAUGCUGCCGUUGCAUUAUUAACAACAGAGGGUCUAAUAUCGGAACCGACUGAUUCUUCAAUUACACUUCAUGAUUUGCGAACAAGUUUACUGAUACGGAUGCGAUUAGUGGUACCAUUUGCCUCUUUGAUCUGGGAAUAUCCAAAAGAGGAUGAGUGUGACGCUCUUUCCUGGAUACGUAUCUUGGUGAUUCUAUUAGGAAACCCGAUUGUCCAUGGAAAUGGUAGUCAAGAACAAUUUUUUGAAUUUGUACUUGAUUUUGUAUCGUUGAUUAUUGAUGAAGUACCCAAGGAAUUACGGAAGCCUACCCUAUCAUUACUAUCAACACUUCAUCAUCAUGGCGAACUUUCAACUAUACCCGUGAUGUUUCAAAGUCGGGUGAAUCGUAUCUUACCAUUCUCAACGCAUAAUAUUUAUCUCACUAAUAGUCGACUAGCCACAGGAAUUCUUGGAGCAACAACAACAACAGAUCCGUUACAGCAACAACAACAUCUGGAAACAUGUAUGGAACAAUCAAGACCUUGGGAAUGGUUAGAGGAUUAUGUCAGUGAUCCUCCACAUGAUAAUGAUGUACCUAUCAAUUUGGGUCUAUUCAGGGCAAGAAAAUCAAGAAGGGUGGAUGGAACAUAUAUUCGAUGUAGAACAUAAUGUACAUUUAUAUAUAUAUAUAUUCUUAUCAUUACUAAAACUCGUAUUACUUAUUAUUAUUAUCAUGUCGUCCAUUUUAUUAUACCUUUACAUAUUUGUUUCUCCUGUUAUCUAUUAUUUUGUUAAUAAAGUUAACAUUGUUGCAUAUCUCUCUC